UAUUUUGGCGAUGUGGCAACCUAAGAACCAAAACAAUAUUAUCAAUAAUAUUCGGCACGUUGUUAUUGAUCGUGGUCGAAAACUGAGGACAUGGAGAUCCGCAACAACGAUCCUGGCGCCGUGCAAUAUGGAAACUUUAUGAAUUAUUAUCAGUUUAAUUCAGCAACUGAACGUGUGAAGCUAUUGCCGGAUAAGGACGUUUGGCUAAGUAAUGGGGACUCGUUGGAUGAAAGCUCCUAUCUUGUCUUGGACGUCGGGUGCAACUGUGGAGAUUUCACCCAGCUUCUGCACAAAUAUUUGGAGGAGUGCCUGAAAAGACCUGUAAGGAUUCUCGGAGUGGACAUAGACGCGCGGCUGAUUCAACGCGCCACGGAUGUGAACGAACUUCACGAAAAUAUAAAUUACUCCUGCGUGGAUGUUUUGGACGAGACUGCUUUCGGACAGGUUACACAGUACCUGGAGCAGUACAAUCGACAACAGUUCGACGCUGUGUGUUGCUACUCUAUCACAAUGUGGAUUCACCUAAACCACCAUGAUGAGGGUCUGAAACUAUUUCUUCGGAAGAUGUCCUGUUUGGCUGAGCUUUUAGUUAUAGAGCCUCAACCGUGGAAAUGUUAUCAAAGCGCUGAGAGAAGGCUUAAGCGUACAGGUGAAGUAUUCCCACUCUUCCUGGAGCUCAAGUGGCGUUCAGACGUGGAAAAACAGAUUGAGAAAUACUGUGAAGAAACUUUGAAUAGGAGAAAAAUAUUUGAGUCCACACCUACCAAGUGGCAGAGAAGAAUCUGCUUUUAUAGAUAGCAGAAUAUGUGAAUAAGUUUAGUACAUUUAAAUAUAAUAAAAUAAAUUACAAAGAUA